AUGACGUACACAUGUGGUGGUGGUGGUGGUGGUGGUGGUGAUGGUGGUGGUGGUGGUGGUGGUGGUGGUGGAGACCCAGCACGGGUACGCCUGGUGGACGCGGAUCCGUGUCCAUGCAGCAACCCGACAUGGGACAAAAGCGUGUUCACGGAGACCGUACAGACUAAAUUUGGGUUGAUUUGUGAGAGGAAAAAAGAAAUCAGCCUAUCGGAGACAUGUGCAUAUGGUGGAAUGUUAAUCGGAGCUUUCUUGUUCGGACUAUUAUCUGACAGAUUUGGUCGUCUAAUGAUGUUCAGCGUAAGCUUCGUAGUCACUGCACUUGCUGGAGUUGCUGUCAGCCAGUCACCAAACAUGACAGCGUUCUUUAUCUUCAGAUUCUUCGAAGGCCUCGGUGCCGGUGGUUGCAUCGUCACCAGCUUCGUACUAUUAAUCGAAUACGCUGGAUCAAAAUAUCGGGAAACUCUCACAGCGCUGUAUCACGUACCUAUUAAUUUAGGUCAUCUAUUAAUGGCUGGAGUUUCGUAUGGGCUGAGAGACGCUUUUCAAUUUCAACUUGCCAUUUCUAUUCCCAUGUUCUUGUUUGGAUUUGCUGUUUUCUUUUUAAACGAAUCUCCGUUGUGGUUGCUAACUAGAAAUUAUAAAGAAAGAACUGUGAAGGCGAUGCAGUCAAUUGCGAAAUUCAAUAAGAAGCCAGAUAGUACUAUCAGCGCAGAUAUCGAUGCAUACUACUACAGUACCCAAGGCACUCAGCAAGAGAAAAUUCAACUCUACCACAUAUUCAAAUACAGAAAAGCUACCAUUAACCUGUUAUGUAUGGCUUACAUGUACCUCGUUUGCGGCAUGGGAUACUACGGCGUUUCACAGUAUAUAUCCAAGAUGAGCGGUAAAGUCCAUGUGAACAUAGCAAUUUCUGCUGUUCUAGUGAUGCCAGGUACUUUUAUUAGUGUAUUCCUGCUCAACAAAAUUGGUAGGAAACCUUUUCUUCUUUCUUCAAUUUUAUUGGCUGGCAUAUUUAUGUUAGUUACUGUAUUAGUGCCUAGUAACUUUGAACCAGCUUGGCUAAAAGUGCUCUUUGCAUGCAUUUCAAAUUGUUUCUUUUUCAUGGCCUUUAUUGUGGUCUUUCUUUAUGGGGUGGAACUAUUCCCGACUCAGAUCCGCAAUUCGGCGCUUGGUGUUUUGUCAUUAUUAUCCAGGGCCGGUAUGAUGAUAGCUCCGCAGAUCAAUAACCUGAAUCCGACUGUAGCGGGGUAUGUGUUCGCGGCACUGGCUCUAAUAGGCGGUGUCUUAACUAUUUGUUUACCUGAGACGAAGAACCGGGAGCUGCCGUCCACUUUGCAAUAAGGAAGCUGAGUCGAGAAGGUAGAUGGCUACCAAAGACAAGGCAAAUUUUUGUAUGUUGGCGUCCGUAAUCUUGACGCAUUUGGAGUUAAUUAGCAAAGAUUUAAUUAUUUCCACAUGGGCGCAUACCUAUGCGUAGUGAGGAAUGUAUCAAACCGUGAUUAGAUGGGAUUAAAGAUAGAUAAAUCUGUUAUCGAUAAGGCAGUCAUAGAUUGAUGGGUACCUACAUAAUUUUAAUUCACAUUGUACAUUAUUGCAGGUGAAUACCUAAAUUUACACCCUGUAUUUAGUAUGUAGUAAGAAAAAUAAUAAAGUAAACAAUUUUGCCAGUAAUUUUCAAAUAUUUUGCGUGUUUUGUAUUAUAGUGUUAAAAUAAUAAUAAAAAACUACCAAUAUCAUCAUCAUCAUUGGCCUUUGCGUCUAUUGCAGACGAUUUAUGAUGUAACAUAGGUACAUUACACCGCCUGGGACGGAAUUAAGGAAACGCAGGAAUGCCCAGCACCUGCAUUACCCUCUCGGCUUCACUGUCUUAUCCCACAGGAAAGGCGAGCCAAUACGUGUGGAGACAGGUCUGCUGCAGGCAUCUGCCGCCUAUUUCAGGUUGGACCCUACUCGUGCCUACUACCAAUAUAUUACAGAUGAUAUCGGACGUGUUCUGUAUUUCGCGGUAGCCAUCUUCUUUAACAAUGUUAAACAUAUUACGUUUUUAAGGUAAAAUCGAUAACAGGUAGAUUACAUGUUGAUAUUUCAUUUUGACAAUCACUGUUUUUCGCCAGGGAAAGUGAAUAUGUCUGUUAAAAAGUUUUAACAGUAAACAAUAUACAAUUAUUUUAAAGAAAUUGUUAAUCGCUACAUUAUUAUACAACAAAGUCUCCCGCCCCCGCCACGUCUGUCUGAUUGUGUGUAAGGGCCAUUUUAUUUAAAGUUGUCCCCCACACUUUUUUUUCAAAAUUGUGAUUUUUUUAUGUUAUUUCUACUCAGAAUCAUGAGCUCUUUUGAUCAUAAUAGGAGAAAAAAGUGUCCCAAGAUUUCCAUACAUUUUUCGAUCUUUCCAUUCCGAAACCGCCAUACAAAGUCUAUGAAAAAAUGGUAACGGAAUGGGAAAAAAACCUUGGGACACUUUUUUUCUCCUAUUAGGAUAGAAAGAGCUCGUGAUUCUGAGUAGAAUAAACAUAAAAAAUCCCAAUUUUGAAAAAAUAGUCUAGGGGACAACUUUAAAUAAAAUGGCCCGUAAAUAUGUUCGCGAUAAACUCAAAAACUACUGAAGGGUUUUUCAUGCGGUUUUCGCCAAUUAAUAAAGUGAUUCUUGAGGAAUGUUUAUGUAUAUAAUUUGUUAAGGUUUUGUGUAACCCGUGCGAAGCCGGGGCGGGUCGCUAGUAAAUGUAUAUGUCAAACGAAAUCUAUUAAAUUAAGUACUUACUGAGUUGAUAAAAAUAAAACGAU